UAUCUCGUGUCGCCGUCUCGCCCAGUUGACUGGAGACGCGCAGCGCGAGGUGGCCCGUUUAAUUAUUGAGAACAAAGUCGUGAAACGGAUGGCGAUACCUUGGAUGUGGAGUCCCAGUGUUUCUCUUCUGUAAUCGGCCGCGUGUGUUGUGCGUCGGCCAGCGGCGCGGCGGGGGAAGCCCAGUGUCCCGGACUCGAACAACGGACUCCCGCUUGCCAGUCUUCGGCUGUCAUAUCUUCAUCCCAGCUCACAGGUGACUGCUGAUGUGAGGCAGUCUCCUUCCUGUCCUCACGAGUCACCCGGGUACCCAUGACGACACUUUCCUAUAAACAUCAAAACCUUCAUCAAAUAAUCUGAGGAAGCUGCUCACUUCGUCAAAUGGUGCUGCCUAGGUAAUGGCUGUCGAUAAUGGAUAAUGAACAACCCCAUCAGGAGUUGGUGAAAUGCGUGGUUGUGGGCGACACCGCCGUAGGCAAGACGCGGCUCAUCUGCGCGCGGGCCUGCAACAAGCACGUCUCGCUGUCGCAGCUGCUGACGACGCACGUUCCCACCGUCUGGGCCAUCGACCAGUACCGCAUCUACAAAGACGUGUUGGAACGGUCCUGGGAGGUGGUUGAUGGAGUCAAUGUGUCUCUUCGAUUGUGGGAUACAUUUGGUGAUCAUGAGAAGGAUCGCAGAUUUGCAUAUGGAAGGUCAGAUGUGGUGCUGUUGUGUUUUUCCAUUACAAAUCCAGUUUCACUGAGAAACUGUAAGAUUAUGUGGUACCCUGAGAUAAGGCGAUUUUGUCCUCAAACACCAGUUUUGCUUGUUGGGUGCAAGAACGAUCUGCGUUACAUGUACAGAGAUGAGACAUAUCUGAGCUUCUUCAGGGAUCGUAGUCCUUUUGUGAGACCAACUAGAAAAAGUGAUCUGGUGAUGCCUGACCAGGCCCGCACAAUUGCUAAGGAACUUGGUAUACCCUACUACGAGACCAGUGUUCUCACUUAUUAUGGUGUGAAUGAAGUGUUUGAAAAUGCAAUUCGUGCUGCUCUUAUUGCUCGGAGACAGCAGAGAUUUUGGAUGACAAAUCUGAAGAAAGUUCAGCGUCCUUUGCUGCAGGCACCGUUCCGUCCUCCCAAGCCACUGCCACCAGAACUUCAUGUGACAGCUAGCAGCUAUGCAGAAAAUAUGCAAGCACUGUGGCUACAUCAAGCGUACACAGAUGUGGUUUUUGUGGCAGGCAGUAUAGGUUUCUCAGCACACCGAUUUGUUUUGGCAGCUGCUUCACCUACUUUUCACAAGCUGCUAGUUGCGGGACUUGACCUGGGAGUGCGUAGUUCUAGUGAGUCCAGUAUGGUAAGCACAUUUGGUGAGGCAACUGUGGGUGACUUCAAUGAUGAUACAGAAUGCCUCAUUCGUCAGUCUGACAGUUACUUCAAACCUUCCCGUGUCUGGGAGCAGUUGAAGCGGCGCUCCAGUUGCCAAGUCCUCACCACAGACAGCAGUAAGAGAUUAGGGUCUUCAAGAGAACUCAACCAUCCAGCUCUCCAAGCAAUUAGAAUUGAACAGUGUGAGGCUACUGAUACUGUUGGAGGGGGCCAGAGACCUAACAGGCCAUGUUGCAGUGUUCAGACUGUAAUAACAUUAACUAAACUGGUAACACCACAAGCCAUGCAGCAAUGCCUACAGUUUUUGUACACAGGAUCCAUUGACCCACGGUACUGUGAAUUGCAAGAAAUAAGACAGGCAGCUGAAUUCCUUGAAUUACCAGAACUGCUCAGUUUUGUCAGCAACAUUCAAGCUCAUGAAGAAUUUCUGAAUGCUGAUGUGAAACAGCAAUAUCGGAAGGAAGUACGCCGUCGAUUGGAAGAUCUGUGUCUUGGCCAGGGAUUGUUCUCUGACAUUGUUUUCCAGUUGGAUGAUGGUUCAUACAGUGCCCAUCGUCCAAUGUUGAUGGCUCGUUGUGAUAUGAUGAAAGCAAUGUUUUCAGGGGACUUCAGGGAAAGUAGUGCCAAAGUGAUCCUGUUCCCAGGAGUGCGAGAAGACACAUUUCAUCAAUUACUUGUGUAUUUGUAUACAGAUGAUGUGCCACCAGUUUCUCCUUCAAGAUGCCUUGAUCUGCUUGAACUAGGAAAUCGGCUAUGCCUGCCACGAUUAGUAAAUCUAGUUGAAAAAAGAGUAGUGGAGGAACUGUCACAUUUAGCAUCAGCUUCCAUUGAUGGUGCCCCAUCUGAUGUCGUGCUAGAGCACUGUUUACGCCUGCUCGAACCAUGCAAGUUACACAAUGCUGACCAAUUAGCUGACUGGUGCAUGAAUUAUUUGUGUACAAACUACAACAGACUUUGUAAGAUGUCUCCAAAACUGCUCAAAACUCUCCAUCCAGAAAACCAGGACUAUCUGAGCGAGCAUCGCUGGCCACCAGUCUGGUACUUGAAAGAUUAUGAUUACUACCAGAAGUGUGUGGCUGAGCGUGAGAGGGAGGAAAAACCAUCUCUGAAGAGGAGCCGACAUAAUUCAGGUGGCUGCUUGUGCUUCACUGGGGGGAAAGCUCGUCGCGACACAUCUAGGAGUGGCGCUGCAUCCGAUAUUAGGCAUGCAACUGUAUGACAGUGCUGCUCCGGGUGUGGGGGUCGCCCCCUGGCCCUUGCUCUCGGAUUUUCAGCCUUUGUGUGUGCAGUGGUCACAACAUUCACAUUACUUGUGCAGUUUUGGUAGAUUCUUUGCUUCAGUGGACAUAAAUUGUUGUUACUGAUUACCAGUGGCAUAAACAUUUGUGUGGUAAUCUUUCUUUUAAAACAGUGAGUACAUUCUGUGGAGACCAAGAAAAAUUAGCAAAUCAUUCUAUACUUACUGUAACAGAAACUGAAGAUUCACAUUUUACUGAAAGUGUGAAUAAAAGGACUGCAAGUGCUUUGUAAUGCAUCAGUGCAUACAUCACACACAGUGGUCUUGCACUUUAAUAUGACUGAUGAAAAGUGACAACCAAAGAGAAAAAUAUAAAUUCUGGAAAUAUUGUGACAUCCUGUGAGUGAGUGAAUGUGUGUGUGUGUGUGUGUGUGUGUGUGAGAGAGAGAGAGAGAGAGAGAGAGAGAGAGAGAGAGAGAGAGAGAGAGAGAACUUAAGCAAGUGUAUGUGUGAUUCAGGUACAGAGCAGUGCAUUUAGUAUUUAGAUGCAUUUUGUGACAACUUUUAUAAUAAAAAUCAAUGAAAGAAUGAUAAAAGUGUUCUUUACAGGGAACUUCAUAGUAGCUACAAUAGCAGUCAAAAUAGUAAUUACUUCUGUCAUUACAAAUUACUUAUUAUUUCUGCUCGAGCGAGAAAAUGUUUUAUGUGCAUUGUUCAAUUUAGUCUGCUUUGAUCAGUGCAGAUUACUCGCAAUUCAUAACCUACAAGAGUGUUAAAAUUGUUAGUCAUAAAAAAAUCUCUCUUCUAACAUUAACUUAAUGCCUGGUACUAUUCUCAGCAUUACUUACCUGAAAAUUUAGGCCUAUUCUGUACUGUUCAGUAUAAUCUGAUGAAUCACACAGGGUAUGGUCUUGAUGUGGUUGUUACAAUUCAAUCUUAAGUGCAUAGUAAUUCCGAAUAUUUUAUUUCACAUUAAUCAACAUGGUAACGACAUUAAAUCAAGGAACUUUAUUUCUCCUUUUUUCAUGAGUCCUUCAUUUUUGUCAUGGACACAACAUUAAAAAAAAAAAUGAAAAGAUUUGUUAUGUUUCAUUGUAAUUUUUAUACUCCUAUGUGCAUGGCAUAGCACAGAUAUGAUAACUUCACAUUUUAUUCUUUUUAAUCAAAAAUCAAAUGCAUUAGUGUCACUAAUUAACAAAUGUUUUUGAAUAUGUAAAUGGGAAAAAGUAGCUCUGCUGCACCAAUACAGCAUAAUACAAGUCUCAUUUACAGAAAGGUCUGGCUGAUUUGAAAAUGCUGCACUUACGGCAGUUGUAUUGCAUUGAAAUGGUACACCAACGUGUCUAUUUUGUGUUACAAUGUAUACAGUGAAUAUCGUCAGUAUUCUGAGCAGUCAGAAGAAAUGUAGGGUUGAAAUAAUGUUUCCCUGUUGCUUUUGUAUAGUUUUUCUUAAUCUCACUUCACAUGCUAUGGCACGCAUGCCUUGCUCUGCAUCUCAGGCAGUCUUUCUGUAUUAUGGACACUAAUUAAUAAACAUUUGAUUACCAAUACUGUGUAAGUCAUGAAUGUUCAUCACUUUCAAGCUGCAUUUUUACGGAAAGUUUGCACUGUGAUAAAAUCUGUAAAAUAUUUUUGUGCUACAAAAAAAUUGUUGUAUCUUUGUUCUUAUAUACUGCUCAAGAGCUUAAAAGAAUUAUGGAGUUAUUUUGAAGUAGUCUUCAAAUUAACUCCCAUUUUUCAGGAAAACUGGCAGUAAUCCAGACUUAAGUUUAGUUCAUAGUUGACGGAAAAGGAGAUUUCAAAGCCCUAAUCUGCAUAAUUUUAGUUUUAAAGGAUGAAAGCUCUCUUUUUCUUAGUCAUGUAUUCAAAUCGACAUGUUCUGUUUUCCAAAUAUUCCUUGCUAUUGUACAUAACUGAACAGUUUUUUAUACUAAUAAUUGUUCAUAGAAUGAAUGGAAGCUGGAAGUUGUCAGUAGCAUAUUGUGUAUGUGAUCAGCUGAAUUUGGUGUAUGCAGGACACGUGAAUAUCAAAUGUAAAUGCUUACCUAGAGCAGAUAUGCCUACCACAUGCAAACCCUGCCAUGCCUAAACUUUUCUGCAGGCACAAAUAACAUAAUGAAAUGAAUUCAAGCACACUGUUGUAAUUGAAUAUAUUUCCCAGAACACACUAAAUAUUUUGGUAUUAUGUGUAGCCCCUGUUAUAUGAAAUGUUCACUUCUUGUCCUUUUCUAUUUUCACCAGUCAAGUACACACACACUAGUACUCAGUAAUAUGUGUUUGUAGGAAUAGGCAAUAUACUGCUACUAGAGCUGGUAAGUAAAGUGAGAAUAUUUUACUAGGGGUGAAAACAAGCACUUUUGUACAUAUCGACAUUUUACAGAAAUGUCAAUAUCCAUUCCUGGCAGUAUUCUCAAAGCAAACUAACAAAGGCUGAAUGUUGUCACAAUAAGUUAUUAGCUAUAUGAACCUCUUUAAAAAAGCUUAGGUUCUCUCACAUCAGUGGUUACUGAUUUGGCUGAUGGCUACAAACCAAUAAAUUAGGCACUUACUAUAAAAGAUGUUCAUGAAUAUUUUCCCUUUUCUCUUUGGUUUGAUGGUGUUAUACUGAUUAUUCCCAAAAAAGAAUGGAAAUGAAAGAAAAAGGAGAAAAAAGACCCAUUAAAAAAAUACUGCAACACCACAUAUUUAAUUACGUUUUCAGAUCUGUUACUGAUCUCCCAUAGCUUUUGUACUUAGGAAACUGCACCACUUAUUUUUUACGUUUACUGAUGUGACUUAAGAAAAUUAAAAGAAUGGCCACUUUGUAUAAUAUGUUUUCAAUUUAAAGUCAGCUAACAUACUUGUCAUUCCUCCAAAAGUGGAGUAAGUAGGCUUUAUGCAGCAAAUAAUCCUCCAUGAAGGUUACUGCAAUUUCACAAUAGUUUCUUCACAAAAUUCAAAUAGUUACAUCUACUUAUGCAUUGCCAGUUUACAUCAUCAUGGCACAUAGUUGUUCUGUAAUAAUCUUUGGCAGUUAAAUAGCUGCUUGUAAAGCCUAAUAAUUGGACUCUUUUUCUGAAUUUGAUGGACCAAAUUAUUUGCAGCAAAAGGAAAAGUGCAGUGGUUAAUACUAGAAACAGAUUUACAAUAAAUGCUUUGAAAUAUUCAUUGUUUGCUGGAAAUAAGUUGCUUCCAGAAGGUAACAUCUGGACUGAAUUUUGAUCUCAUUACAAGCGCCAAAGCAGUGUGCCAUCCAUUUGCUCACAUUCCAUACAUAAUGUUGUUGGUCAAUAACUGAAGUAUUACCUUCAUUUUGAAACAAUUAAUGAAAUUUAACAAUACUGAGAUACACUAGCUGUUUUGUGAUAUGAAAAUAGCUGUUAAACUG